GGCUCAGUCUAUUUGCUUGUUAAUAUUUUUUCUAAUCUUAUUCAAAUAUAAAUAACAAUAAAACCAUGUCGUUAAAUAGUGAUUUGAGGCAAUUAAUGAAACCAUAUUAUUGGAUCAAUAUAUUACUCAGUAUAUCGUACGUUACAAGCAAACGGACUUCAAUUAUUUGUAAUUUUCUGUUCCCCGAUGUUGACUGUGAACUGGACAGUCGCGAAACGGAAAUACUAUUUUUCCUAAUUAUAGUGGUUAUGCUGAGGACUCGAAAGGCGGGAAGUGUGACUAUGGUCAAUUACCUAUCGUCCUCAUUUGUUUAUACGAAGAUUGCUAACUUAAUUCUCUGGCUUUACGCGGAUAUCAGGUACGGCCUACCAUAUGGUGCGUUGAUCAUCCUCUGCGCCCUCCUACUCCCUGAGCCAACAUACUCUGGACCGGAACACAUCAUAUACUUCCGAGGGCCUCAGUCCCUCGACGAGGAACUCAAAAGACACAAGACGACAUGGCUGGUCUGUCUGUACGCAGCCUGGCAUCCUGCUUGCGUGAACUUUGCACCGGUCUUCGCAGAGUUAUCCGCGAGCUACAGCUUGGAGAAUCUGAAGUUUGGGAAGCUGGAUGUAGGCAGAUAUCCUGAGGCAGCAGCUAAGUACCGUGUCCAAGAUGGCCCGACCAGCAGGCAAUUGCCCACAGUGCUACUAUUCAGCGAGGGCCAGGAGAAACUGCGGAAGCCCCAUGCAGACCACACGGGAAAACUUCAAAAAUUUUUAUUCUCAAAAGACAAUAUGAAAGCAGCAUUCGAUAUUGAUGACCUGUACCAGGAGUGCAAAGAGAAGCUUUCCGCUGCCAAAAAUAACAAAAAGACUGAGUAG